AUGGCCCAGUGGAAUAACAUCAGGUCAACCUUGGGUAGUAUGGAAUCCAUGAGCUCCACGAGUGCGGCAUCAACUACUGCACGGGACAGAAUGAGGUACCUGUAUGCCAUGGGUCUAAGGCAGUAUGCCUCGUCUCUUCAGCUGAUUAUACACAUGGCACAGUUAGCACAGAAGCACAACACUCUUAGCUUCAGCGACAAGUCCGUAAUUUUGGCCACAAAUAUGCUGUUCAUAAUCUGCAGCAUUAACGGGAAUGAAGUCUCGGACUCUCUGUCUCAUUUCGCAAACGGUGUCAACCUUAUCGAACAAUGGAACUUGUGGCAGCAACUGCAACCACCCUCCUUACCCUCCCCGGACUCUGUCGCCUCUGUUGACACAAAUACCAACGAUGCAAUUAUUCCCAUUAUACCUCUGCUUUUGUUUUACGUACAGACAGACGGCGUGGCUCUAGAUGUAUCCCCACCGGUGCCAUCGCAAGAACGGGUCUGGAGGUGGGAAAAUGCCCUCGUUGCUCUACAGAAGCAACCCAUUUGCUCGUCAAUGGCUGCCUAUCUUGAGCAGGAGUUGAUAUGGAUUGGCACACGCGGCAUCCUCCAACGAGUUCCCAUUGUGCCAAGUCGGCGCGAAAAAGAAGGCAUUGAUGGAUGCCGAACUGGCAUGAAGAUGUAUGCCGAAAACUGGAAAACCAGAUUCGACAAGUUCCAGUACUCAAAGUCACUGCCGAGCGUUAAUAAAAGCGAGAGCGUGCUCAUGACAAUAAUGAACAUGAGGCACAUUCUCCUCACCGUUAUGUUACAAGUAGACAUUGCCAAUUCGGAGACGUCUUGGGACGCGUUUGAGCCUCAAUUCGAAACCAUAAUACACAAUAUGGAGUCGCUCCUUGGCAGACAUGCAACGGUCGAGGAGCCAUACUCACAAAAUCGCACAGAAACUACCCAAACGAGGAAAAUUGACUCCUUUUCAUCCAAAACGUCAUUACUAAAUCCACUUCCCUUCCGAUUAUUCCCCCUCUUUUACGUGGCCAAGAUUUGCCGUCAUCCAGGCAUCCGUCGACGAGCCAUUGCACUACUUGGCGAACAACGCCGCAGAGAGAAUGUGUUUGGCCACAAAUCAGACAUUUCCUACCUUCUUAAAGGCGCCAUUGCCAUAAUGGAGUUUGAAGAGAGCGCAUGGUCUACAAGGGACGGAAUUUCUUCCCAGGGGCAAAGACAACGAAAGGUGGUCGGAUGCCGCUGCGUACCAGGCAGGUUUAUCUGCCAUGGCCAUCGUGUGCACGAAUUCAAGUUUAUAGAUUUUCAGGCAAGCAAGGCUGAAAUAGAGCUUCACACAGUGGCUGAUGUCAUGCAUAAUCGUCCGGGGCGAAUAGUUAGUAUGGCAAGACUGGACUAA